GGCUUGUCUCGAACUCCCGACCUCUGGUGAUUCAUCCGCCUCAGCCUCCCAAAGUGCUGGGAUUACAGGCGUGAGCCGCCGCGCCCGGCCAGUUGCAGUUUUUAAUUGGAUGGGCAGGGAAGCUGUCACUGAAAGGUGGCAUUGAGUGAAGACCUGAAGGAAGGAAGGAGCUGGCUGGGCAGCCCUGGCAAGGAGCAUCUGGGUGGCAGGCGCGAGGGGCUGCUGUGUCAGAGGCUCAGCGCAGUGGCCUGGGCGAUCGCAGUGGGUACCCAUGCCAGAGCUAGCAGGAGGAGGGCAGCUCCCAGCCUGCAUCGGAGUGAGGAUUCCAGCUUGACUGGCUCAGAGGAGGAGGGCUCUGGCCUCCGUGGAGAGUAGAAUGAGGAGCCAUCACCCUGGCCUGGGGAGAGAGGAUGGUGCUGGGCCCGGGGAAGCUGUGGCGGUGGUGAGUGGCGGAGGGUUCUGGAUCCGUCAGGAAAGGGCUGUUACUAGGUUGGGAUGUUGAGGUUUUCCCCACUGGAGUUUAUUUAUGCGUGGACUUGAAGUAUGUGGCAUCAAGAGGGCUGGAGACCACACGUUUACCUCUUUUGACAGCACUUGGGUUUGUAGUGAGCAGGCUCAGUGGGAGCUGUGCCCCUUCAUGAAGGAGUCAAAUAGGACAAGUGAAGCAAGGGCAACCCUGGUUCCUGAAAGGUUGAGUGUAUUCUGGAAUCAGCGAGACCUGGGCUGAAAUCUGGGCUUUGGCCAUCGACCCAGUCACCUUGGGCAGGGGCCUUCCCCUCUCUGGCCACAGCGGCCUCCUUUCCACGGGGCACGGUGAUGGCGAGGAUGAGAUGAGCUCAUGUCUGUCUACGUUGCUGCCUGACACAUGUUUCCUUUCUUUGUGAUCCCAUGAAGAGCAGGUGCCAGUGUGCCAUGUGCCUGUCAUGUGCCAUGCGCCUGGUGUGAGCCAUGUGCCCGUCGUGUGCUGAUGUGAGCCGUAUGCCUCUGAUGUGAGCCGUGUGCCUGUUUUAUACAGCGUGUUGCUGCUUAGAGAAGUGCCGGAUCCUGAACGUUGCCUGGCAAGAAAAAACCUGGUGAACCACAAGUGUGCUAGAUGGAGAACAAUGAGAGUAAAUGUGAAGAGAAUAAAUCAGCAGGUCAUCUUCCACGACGUUGCUGUGCUGACGGAUAAGCUCUUCCCCGUCGUGGAGGCCAUGCAGAAGCACUUCAGUGCUGGCUCGGGAACCUAUUACAGUGACUCCAUCUUUUUCCUCUCGGUCGCCAUGCAUCAGAUCAUGCCCAAAGAGAUCCUGCGGCUCAUUCAGCUGGACCUAGACCUGAAGUUUAAGACCAACAUCCGGGAGUUGUUUGAGGAAUUUGACAGUUUCCUGCCAGGCGCCAUCAUUGGCCUAGCCCGGGAGAUGCAGCCAGUUUACAGGCACACGUUCUGGCAGUUCCGCCACGAGAACCCCCAGACCAGGGUUGGGGGCCCACCCCCCGAGGGGCUGCCGGGCUUCAACAGCGGGGUGACGCUGCUGAACCUGGAGGCCAUGCGCCAGUGCCCGCUCUACAGCCGCCUGCUGGAGCCGGCGCAGGUGCAGCAGCUGGCCGACAAGUACCACUUCCGCGGCCACCUCGGGGACCAGGACUUCUUCACCAUGAUCGGCAUGGAGCACCCCAGGCUCUUCCACGUGCUGCACUGCACCUGGAACCGGCAGCUGUGCACCUGGUGGAGGGACCACGGCUACAGGGACGUCUUCGAGGCCUAUUUCCGGUGUGAAGGCCACGUCAAGAUCUACCACGGGAACUGCAACACUCCCAUCCCGGAGGACUAGGCGCACCCCCGCCUUGGCCCCGGGGCCUCCAGAUCUGGGGGAAGGACGGGGCUCCGGACAGACCCGAGAGCAGCGUGGGACCCGCUAGAGAGACACUGCAGGGACGUCCUGUGAUUAAGGUGCUGAGACCUCCUGCCGGGCAGGUCACUGUGCUAAGGCCACCUGCGGAGGACUGGCCUGUGCACUGCUGGUGCUUGGGGCCUUAUUCCUUCAGGGAGCAGGUGACAUGAGGGACACGCAUGGGCAUCUUCCGGUGGGCUAGGAAGCAAGCACUUGAAGAGAAGGAAGGGGAGAAGGGGGCCCCCUUGCUGUCCGCCUCUAAGGAAUGGAAAUCCUUUAAGACCUGGCCUCUUUUGGACCAAUAUAAAUUUAAUUUAAAUUGACGAGAAAGUACAAACAGUGCUGCUCUAGCACCCAUCGAGCCCCAAACGGGUCAGGUAAGCCAGGGUUUCAAUGACCAGCCCAGUAUCUAAGCUUCCAAACGAACGCCAGCCCAGCGCAUAUACUCACCCUGGGAGGCUGCGCGCGUCUUCUCCUGACGACCACGUCACUUGGUGUACGUUUCAGGAUCGCCUCUUUGGGGAAGGACUUGGGGACCCACUGGGGCCUGCAUAAGAAAACUUAGCUCAUUACUAGAGCACUCACGGCUUUUAUCUCCCAGCUACAUGCCAGAACCCCAUUAUCCUUUAUUUAACCAAACCAGCUCCAGGUGACCAGACUCUACUCAGAAAGCAAAUUCUCCUCAAAGAACAGAGAUUGGCCACCACAAGGACGUGCAGGAGACUGUCUGGACCGGGAAGACUCACUCCAAAAAGGAGCCCGGGCCGGGCACAGGGGUCAAGCCUGUAAUCCCAACACUUCGGGAGACUGAGGUGGGAGGAUCGCGUGAGCCGCGGAGGUUGAGAUCAGCCUGGGAAACACAGUGAGGCCCCCAUCGCUACAAAGAAUUUUACAAAUUAGCCAGGUUUGGUAGCUUGUGCUUGUUGUCCCGGCUACUUGGGAGGCUGAAGCAGGAGGGUGGCUUGAGUCCAGAAGUUCACUGCACGGAUCUGUAAUCACACCAUUGCACUCCAGCCUGGACGAGAGUGAGACGUCUGUCUCAAAAAA